AUGGCUCCCAGACGUACCAAGGCGGCAUCUAGGAUCAAGCCACCAUACGCUCGGGAGCGAACCGAGAUCUCCCUCACAGAUCCGAACAUCCCUAAGUCUUCUGAGUCAAGAUGGGAUAAGGAAGCCUCGCGCCGCUGCAACACCCUUCUCAACACCAACAUCUUCCCGACACGAUUCGUCGACGCUGGGGCUUUAAGCGACCUAGGCCUCCAUGAGGAUUUACAUGCGGUUCUCCAAGUGCUGGGAAUAGCUGAUCUUUGUCACAGAACUCACCCGCUCUACCCUGAUUUGGUUAGGCAAGUCCUCGCCACCGCGGAGCUAACUUUCAAGAGGCCCGGUUUCCCAAUCUUUGAGGAGGCCUCCUUCACUUUCUUUGCGAGUGGUGUUAAGCACUCCAUCAGCUUGGAGACAUUGACUGAGAUUUAUGAGAUCUCCGAGGAGUACACUCAUACGUCCUUCCCCAGGAAGUUUAUCCCAGAGCAAGCAUUCUGGAAAUUCAUCGCUUCAAGGGAUUUCAAAUCCCGAUCAGCCAGUCAAUCUCACAUCCGCAACCCUGUUCUGCGAAUUACUACAAAGCUCCUGAGCAAUCUGCUUUUCUCAAAGGACCAGACGUCAAAGGUGACACGAGGGAGUUGCAGAUGCUAUGUGCCGGUGUUGAGGACGAGCUCAAAUCCUCCGACAUUGGGAUUCCGACCGAUGACAACCAGUCUGGGUUGUGUGCUUGUUCAGAUGUUUGUGGACAAGAAAGCCAGAGUGGUUAAGGGUUCUUUGAAGAAAGACCGUUCUGGGAGUUUGCUAACUCCUCUCUUCCGCCACUUAGAGUGUGAUCUCAGCAUCUAUCAGUGCAACGAGACAGCGGAGUUCAUUGAUAUUCCUUCCCUGAUCAACUGCCAGAUUCUCCGCGACGAGACCACCUACAGUUUCCUCAGUCGGGAUGGGAGAAACCUCUACUGCAAGCUGCCUCAACCGAACAUCACCUCGCUAAGUGAUGUGACCAACAUUUGUUUCGUCCCUGAUGCUCAGUUUCUCUGCGCCGAUCCAAAAUCAUCCUAGCGUGACGAUACUAUGGACGAUGUUGAGUUUGUCCGCACAGAUGGAGGCGACAAUGCAUAUGACCUGGGCCCCCUUGAUGACAACGCAGAUGACUCCGCCUACCGUCGCUGGAUGGUAGAUUCUCAGCGCAAGAACAACAGCCUCAUGAAGAGGAUACUGAAGGCGAUCACUGGACGAUGCAUGGGAGCUCCUAGCACAGCUGAACCUCGUCACGACCAGCCUACACCGAGCAGUCAUCGUCCAGGGAAGGAGCCAGCAGGAACUGCAAGGGGUGACGAAGAGACUCCAUGGGCCACUCCCCGCAGAAGGAACAUGCGUUCCGCGGGCCAGUCUGAGAGCGAUGACACUUACUAUUCAGUCUCCUAGUUCUAUCUCCAUUGUUAUAUCCGUUUGAACUAUUUCUAUUUCUAUUUCUGUUUCCUGCACUUUUUUAUUAUUUUAUCUUUUCCAUGAAUUAUUUUCUCACCAGGGAUGGUGAGACGUAAGUCUGGGAGAGGCGCUUAUCUGCUACUAAUCGUUUACUUUUGGUUUUAUGUUUAGAGUCACUCCGCUUUGAGUCGUUUUGAUGUCUUCAUCGAGUCAGUCCAAACUUUGUGGCACUACAAGAAAUAUGGGUAUUGGUAGCAGUUCGCGGUAGCACGAAUUCACCAACUGCUACCAAAAAUGUCAAAAUCGAAUCACAACUCUAUUGUAGCUUUAAAUUUGCGCUACGAUAAAAUUUCAUUAAAAGGAAACGGAAAAAUCAAUUUCGUAGCUGGAAUGUCAUUUUGGAAGUAAAAACAGUGAAAUUUCACAUUCGUACCAAAAAAAAAAACUUAAGUUACUUUUUGCCAAGUUAUUUCCGUUUUACAAAAGAAAAAAAAAAUUUCAUUCUCUCCAUCUUCUUCUUCAUUGUUUACUCAGAAUUAAUCUAUCCAUUCCAAUCGAAAAAACACAAAUGGAUUGGCCUUGUUCAAAGUCGAAUUCAGGAACCCUAAUCCGUCAAGCCACUGGAUCUCGUCGUCGUAGACUCUUCGUCUUCUUCUUCUUUCCGAAUCUCCUCCCUCCACGGCGAAUUGGCUCCUUCGCCUUCAUCCGUCGCUCUUCGCCACCAUCACAUUUCCCGUCUCUCGCUUCUUCUUCUUAUUCCCUACGUUUUAUCAGUUUCAGUUGCACAGGUCACUGAGGAGCAGCUUUGGGCAGGUCUAAGUCUCUUUUACAAGUUUAUCUUUGUUCGUGGUGUGUUCUUUGUCACGACUGGUUUUGGUUGUUUAGGUUGUUGACUGUUCCAUCACAUUCUGGGUCGGGUCUUGCUUUGUCUCCGCCGUUUUCGCCACCGCUUCAUAGAUCUGCCGUGUUCGAGAUCCGCCGUGUUCGACCUCGUGGCCGCCAAUCUAAGGAGAUGGCUUUUCAUUCCGAGGAGGACAAGAGUGAAGACUACCUCAUCAAGAUUGUUCUCAUUGGGGAUUGUGCAGUCCGGACAUCAAACUUGCUUGCAAGAUUUGCAAGGGAUGAGAUAUUGGUAGAUGUUAGUUGUGUAUUGUUGGAUCUGCUUCUUGCUGGAGAUUAGGUUCUGGAAACGUAAACUUCUGUAUUGAUUUAUCAAGUUAUUUAGUGUGGUUCUUAUGUGUUCAAGACUGUGACAAGGCCGUUGGCAUAAAGCUUCGUUAGACUUCAA